AUGGUUUCUAACAUGAACCAAAUUUUCCUUCUUGCCUCGAUGCUGGCAUCGAUAACCCUUGGACACGUAGUCCUCGAGAACCCCAAGCCCUUCAAGUUUGUUGCUGAUGGUCCUACUAACCCCAUUUCUAGCACAGGUGAUGACUUCCCAUGCAAGAUCCCCUCUGGAGCCAGCUACAUCAUCGACGGAGCACCCACAGUCAUCGCCAUCGGCGAGACCUUCGAGGCCACUUUCAAGGGCCAGGCCGUCCAUGGAGGCGGCAGCUGUCAGUUUGCCCUCAGCGCCGACGCCAACCCGACAAAGGAUUCCAAGUGGAUGGUAAUUCACUCUAUCGAGGGCGGUUGCCCAGCCCGCAACCAAAAGGGUAACCUCGAAGGUCCCAACGAAGAUAAGUACCCCUUCAAAAUCCCCGCUAGCAUCACGCCCGGUGACUACGUCUUUGCCUGGAUCUGGCUCGCAAGAGUUGGCGGCCAGCCAGAGUACUACAUGAACUGUGCCCCCAUCACCGUCAUUGGUGGCAGUGGUGAUGCUACAAAGCAGAAGCGUGGACCCCUUGCUGAUCGUCGUAUGUCUCUGGCGAAACGUGAAGAGUUCCCUGAGCUUUUUAUGGCCAACAUUGGAGAAGUCGCUGGCGGCUGCACCACUGGAGAGGCUCUCAAUGCCCAAGUUCCCAUCGCUUUCCCCAACCGUGGCCUCUACUUCGACCGUCCCGAGGGCGACAAUCUCUACAAGCAAGCCUGUGACGGUAACCCCAAUGCUGGAACUCCUGUAGAGGCUCCGGCUGGCGGUGAUGUGCCUGCCGGCACCGUUGUCACAUCUCUUCCGACUUCUGGCGUUGUCGACGGCUCGCCUCUCUCGCCACCCGUUGCUACGUCUGUCCCGGCUUCUGAUCCUACCGUCCCCAUUGAACCCACUGCUCCGGCCGAAUCAUCAGCCCCAGCAGCUCCUACAGUUCCCAUGACCUCUCUCACCGAGACUGGAGUCCCUACCGGCAUCGUUCCGACCCUUUUUAUCUCUUACAUCACAGUCACGGUCACCGCCACCGACUGUGGAACGUCGGCCGCUCCGGAUGCGCCUGCACCUGAGCCCACCGCUACACCCAUAUCCUCGCCUGAUCCCGACUCUGAUCCCGACUCCGACUCUUGCACCGAGGGCUACUUGACCUGCUUGGAGGAUGAAACACACUUUGCUACUUGCACUGGUGGCGAGUUGACUGCGGCGCAGCCGAUUGCCCCUGGCUUCAAGUGUGCCGCUGGAGAAGGCCAAGGUCUUGAAAUUUCGCCCAUAGGAGGGGAGUAUCAGUAG